AGACAUAAGCGGCAAGGUAAACAUUAGCUAAUGAACACUCGUAAAUUGAUUAGAUUUUAAAAUUGCGACUGUAUUUAGACUUCUUGAUAACGCUUAAGUAUUCAUUUCUGGAACGUAGAUGUGUCAUGACGACUAUACAACUAAGGUACUAUAUGUGUUUUGUUAUCGUCCAGCACCUGUAUCUUCUGACAGCUGCCGGAUGGGAUUUGCUUAAACAAUUGAUUUACAACGGUGAUUAAACAUUGAUCUAUAGAUAGAAGAUCUCUAAACAUAGAAGGGGAGAAAACUACAGAGAAGACAACCUAUAAUUACCUGACGAUAUCACAGCUGUGCUGACAAUGUCCUAUUUGACUCAUCAUUCUUUUUAGGAGCUGACAAGCUUUGCCAUGGGCUGUACCAGCUCUUCAAAUUUAGAUAAGAACAGCAAAUCUUCCUGUGGUAGUAGCAACAACUCAAACGACUUCAAAAUGGCGGGGAAACAAACUUUGGGCGUCGGUAGCCAGUUUCCAGCCCCAAAUUCUCAGCAACGUCUUGGAGGCUCUCCAACAAAGUCACGUAAUAAGGUGGCCCUCAAACCUGGUCGAUCUCUUAUGGACUGGAUUCGCCUUGGCAAUAGUGGGAAGGAUCUUACAGGGGUUGGUCGCAAGGUCUUGGAGGUAACACCGGAGGAGCUAGCUAAACAUGCCACGGCUGACGAUGCUUGGAUAGCUCUACGGGGAAAAGUAUACAACAUAUCUCCUUACCUAGAGUACCACCCAGGAGGGGAGGAGGAACUAAUGAAGGGAGCUGGCAUAGAUGGUACACUACUGUUUGAUGAGGUAAGCUGCAACUUCACCUAUGAUAAAAUGUAUAGUAUAGGUGAAGGUAUAGAGACAGAGUGGGGAGUUCUGGUUGAGGGUAUAGAGACAGAGUGGGGAGUUCUGGGUGAGGGUAUAGAGACAGAGUGGGGAGUUCUGGGUGAGGGUAUAGAGACAGACUCUUCAAAUUUAGAUAAGAACAGCAAAUCUUCCUGUGGUAGUAGCAACAACUCAAACGACUUCAAAAUGGCGGGGAAACAAACUUUGGGCGUCGGUAGCCAGUUUCCAGCCCCAAAUUCUCAGCAACGUCUUGGAGGCUCUCCAACAAAGUCACGUAAUAAGGUGGCCCUCAAACCUGGUCGAUCUCUUAUGGACUGGAUUCGCCUUGGCAAUAGUGGGAAGGAUCUUACAGGGGUUGGUCGCAAGGUCUUGGAGGUAACACCGGAGGAACUAGCUAAACAUGCCACGGCUGACGAUGCUUGGAUAGCUCUACGGGGAAAAGUAUACAACAUAUCUCCUUACCUAGAGUACCACCCCGGAGGGGAGGAGGAACUAAUGAAGGGAGCUGGCAUAGAUGGUACACUACUGUUUGAUGAGGUACAUAAGUGGGUCAAUUAUGAAUCCAUGCUUGAAAAAUGUUUUGUUGGAAAACUGAAAACAACUCCCGUCCAAAAAAGGGGAAGCCUGUCCUCCCUACUUCGACUCAAACCUAGUACUCCUAACGGUCCAUUAAAGCCACCUGCACCAAUGGGACCACCUCCUACAAUGGGACCACCCCCUCCACCAGAGCCCAGCCCUCCACGGUUUGAUUGGUACCAGAAUGAUAAGACUGUAACCCUUGUGGUGUACACCAAAUGGAAAGAGAUGAGAAAGGAGAAUAUCAUUAUAGACAGAAAUGGUCGCGACCUAACAGCUUGUGUGUACAUAGAGGACCACACCUUCACUAUACAUAUAGAUUUAGAAGAUGACAUCUCUGAUGAUUACGAAGUGACGGUACAGAAACAGUCAGGGAAGACAGAGUUGGUAUUACAGAAACAGACAACUGGGCAGCAGUGGCGAGGGCUGGGCAAGUUCCUGGACGGACAUAACACCUACAUACCUACAAAUGAUAAAGGUCUGGUGUAUAGAUGCUGCCAUGUGGAAUCUCUUGUUCGAAUAAACCAUGACACCAAGCUGUUAUGUGUUAGUCUGCCUCCUGGGACCUGUAUGUGUGUACCUGUCGGUUAUCACGUACAUAUACGUCACGAAGUGGAGGGUGUGAUGGUAGAUCGUAGUUACACCCUUGUUCAGCCCUCACUCGGGUCACCAGACACUGACCAUCGGCUAUCACAAGGAAAAGUGUUCUACUUGAUGAUCAAGAUUUACAAAAACGGAGCUUUGACUCCAUGGAUAGACUCAUUAAAGCCAGGUGAUACUAUAGAAGUCAGCCAGUAUGACGGAAACUUUAAUGAAAGUCGCCUAGCAGGACAAGGUGACCUCAUCAUGUAUGCUGCUGGAACAGGCUUCACACCGAUGGUUGGCCUCAUCAACCACUGUAUAUCACAGAACAUCAAUAGGAAGGUGAAAUUAAUGUUUUUCAAUAAGACUGAAGAUGAUAUAUUAUGGAGGGAACACCUAGACAGCAUAUCAGUCAAACAUGAGUGGUAAGUAACUGAUAGAU